AAUGGUGGACGAAGCCACGAAGAAAACUCUAGCUCAAAUACCUUUGCUGAAAACGAAGGCUGGUCCGCGAGAUGGAGAGAAUUGGGUUCAGAGGCUGAAGGAGGAGUAUCAGUCGCUAAUAUCAUAUGUCAAAAAGAAUAAGGAUGCAGAUAAUGACUGGUUUCGGUUGGAGUCUAACAAGGAAGGCACACGGUGGUUUGGAAAAUGCUGGUAUAUCCAUGAACUUCUCAAGUACGAAUUUGAUAUAGAGUUUGAUAUCCCUGUGACAUACCCCACCACAGCCCCAGAAAUCGCUAUUCCCGAGUUAGACGGCAAAACAGCAAAAAAUUACAUGGGAGGCAAAAUUUGUUUGACAGAUCACUUUAAACCACUCUGGGCCAGAAACGUCCCAAAGUUUGGAAUAGCUCAUGCCAUGGCAUUAGGGGGGCCAUGGCUGGCUGUGGAGAUUCCAGAUUUAAUACAAAAAGGGGUCGUAGUUCAUAAAGAGAGCAAGUCUGAUGGUGCUGGCAGCUGAAAAUGACCUGUGUGACACAAGGGUGAUGUGGACGGGGGAAAGAGUGCAUGGUUUGGGGAUGGACUGCCUCUGGCCAUUGUGUCUCUGUGUUGGGGAUGGGACUGCAAUCAACUUUAGAGCUGUUGUGAUGUGAAGAUUGAGCAUCUGUGAAUUUGUGAUGGGUCAUCAAUUAUUACAGAGCCCUGGGUAUUGGGGAUGUGAAUUUCAGGAUGAAGAAGUCCUUGACAAUCAGUUGUUGCUAUGCUCUGUGGUUUAGGGAUAAACAAUACUGUAUGCUGUACUAUUGACUUUCUGAAUUAUUAUGACAUUUUAUACUUUCUGCGGUUAUCUUAUGUAUUUGUCAGCUCCAAAACUUAAGAUAAUAUUCUGGCCCAGUGCAAAGUGUUUUUGGAGUUUUAUUUUAGUUUAUUGUGCAUUCUGUCUCACAGGUAAUCUGUAAUAUGCAUUCCAUGAAUACAAGUAGGAGCUGGUUUGUCAGGUACCUGGCAGAUGGCAGUGGUUACUGGCUUACUCCAGGCAAUCUAGCUUCCUCCACACAAUUGCUUCUUAUCUGUAUUUUAUUAAAUUGACCUGCUCAGUCUGCAUUUCUCCUGAAACUUAAUGUUCCCUUUAUUGGAGAUUUCAGGUAAAGUUUUAACUUUGGUCUGAAUACCAACAGCAUGUGAAAAAUCACCGCAGCACAAAUACCCAAGAGGUGCCCGUCAAUGCUGUGGCUGUGAGUUCAAGCCCAGCUUGUGCGUGCUUCCUCUCAGGUCGAAAGUGGGAAGGUCUUUCAGCAAUCUGCUUAUUGUGCGUUCCUCCCAAGUUCACCAAAAUGCUGGCAGCAUUGGUAUUAGUGAAAUAUUCUUGAGUCCUGCGUAAAUCACCAAUAAAAUAAAAUAAAUAAGUGAAAAUCAUUUGAUGCUGUGUUUAGAAAAAAAAAACAGCAAUAGCUUACUUUUCGGUAUAUUCCAGCAGCAAAACAAUUAAACAGUUUGGUAUACUUGUGAGUGUACCUAAUAAGCAGUGACAAGUGAACAGCAUGUCACAUAAUCCCUUGACCUGCCAGCAUCUAUCCGCGUUGAUAAUAUCAGUUAUGUCAGGCAUAUUUCAAUAUAAAACCCCCAGAAAGACCACAAAGCUGUAUACAAUUUAGGUCAAACGUCUUCCUGUAUCCAUGCUCAUCAGUUGUACCAGUAAUAUAAUUUUACAGUUAGUAUUUUUUUCUAACGUUUUGAAUCAGAGAUAGAAAUAAGGAUUUUUCAGAAACUAAGGUUACUACAUUGGCUCAGCUGCAAUCAACUUACUGUACUAUAUAAAUCAUAUAUGCUGUCAAAUUAUGUAUCCUGUUGCACACUUUUAUGUUAUGAACAUUUUUAAUGCUCUGAAACGUUAGACCAACAAUGUAUGCUGUAUACA